AUGGGAAAUCCCGAGAGAGCCGAACACAACACCGGGGUGACGGGAAAUUCUGCGGAAAAGGCCGACGGCGGGGCGGCGGACAGUCCACCGGAAAAAGCUGCCGACGAUGGUACAGUCCUGGACGUGGAGCUGUUCCAGAUAAUCGGGGUCUACCAGCUGCUGCAGCCGGGCGAGUACACCAUGUACCGGACGGUCGCGAAGGUGGUCGUGGGCCUGACGCUCGGGCUGCAGUCGAUGCAAGUGUGCCGACUGUACCUGGUCAGGCACGAUAUACCGAUGUUCGCCAACAUAGGCGUGAUGGUCAUCAACGGGCUAAUGUGCCUGCUCAAGGGUUACAUGGUGACGGCCAACGCGGAACAAAUGAGCGUCACGCUGAACGCAGCCCGCUACUCGUUCACCAGGUGCGGUGGCCGCGACCCGUCCAAGCUGCGCCUGUGCCGGGCCAGGCUGUCCGCGAUACUCCGCACGUUCGUCGGGCUCAGCUUCGGCACGCUCAUCGUGUGGUUGGUCAUGCCGUGGUUUAUGGCGUCAGAUUACGAUGACCAGCCUUUCCUCUGGGCGGCGGUGUACGCCGUCGAGUCCAUCAUACUCACGGUCAACGUGUUUUGCUGGACGUCGUUCGACUGUUACCUGGUCACCAUGUGUUUCGUGUUCGAGGCCCUGUUCUGCACCAUGAGCUCCGGUUACGAGACGCUCGGCCGCCGCCGGACGGCCACCAAGUCAUCGGCGCCUCAGCAGUUGGGCAUCGCGGGGACGAUAACCAACGCAACGAUAUCGGAUGCCAACUAUGACGAUUUGAUAAGUCACAUUCUUGACAAUCAAAAUAUAAUCAAACAGUACGAUACGUUUUUCGAUGUCGUUCGGCCUAUGGUUCUGGUCCAAAUAGCCAAUGGAAUGUAUUCCAUAAUCACGCUGAUAUUUCUGACUUUGCUGACACAUCUCAGUGGUUAUUCGAUCUUGUCAGCUCCAAUUUUGAAAUUUGUCUGCGGACUGGUUUCGCUCACCAUUGAACUGUACAUUUAUUGUUACGGGUUCAACCAUAUAGAAGACGGGAAAUCCACGGUGAAUUUUGGACUGUACAGCAGCAAUUGGACGGAGAUGGAUUUGAAAUUUAAGAAGACUUUGUUGAUGGCUAUGACCAUGAACUCUGCUCACAGGCGAGUGAUGAAAGUGUCUCCAAAUUCCAUCGUAAAUCUGGAAAUGUUCACAGGGGUGAUGAACAUGUCGUACUCGAUAGUGUCUGUUAUACUAAAAUAA